AUGCAUGGGGGAGGGCUCCGGUUAAUGCAAGUUCUGGGCUCCUGCAGGGACCCCGACAACUGUCAGCAGCAACAGCAACUCGGGCCCUCCUCCUCUGCUUCCUCAGCGAUGCUUUUCCACAGUCUUUCCGGCUCGGAGAUGCACGGGGUCAUCGACGAGAUGGAUCGGAGAACUAAAAGCGAAGCACCGGCCAUCAGCUCGGCUAUAGACAGGGGAGAGACGGAAACGACCAUGCCUUCCAUCAGCAGUGACAGGGCUGCUCUGUGCGCCGGCUGCGGGGGUAAAAUCUCCGACCGCUAUUACCUCCUGGCUGUGGACAAACAGUGGCACAUGCGCUGCCUGAAAUGCUGUGAAUGUAAACUCAACCUGGAGUCGGAGCUCACCUGCUUCAGCAAGGACGGCAGCAUCUACUGCAAGGAGGACUAUUACAGGAGGUUUUCGGUCCAGAGAUGUGCGAGAUGUCACCUGGGGAUUUCUGCCUCCGAGAUGGUCAUGAGGGCCAGGGAUUUGGUAUAUCACUUAAAUUGCUUCACUUGCACCACUUGCAACAAGAUGCUGACCACUGGCGAUCACUUUGGCAUGAAGGACAAUCUGGUGUACUGCCGCCUCCAUUUCGAGACUCUCAUCCAGGGGGAGUACCAGGUGCAUUUCAAUCACUCGGAUGUAGCCGCUGGGAAGGGCCCGGCUUUGGGAGCGGGCUCUGCCAACACUUUGGGACUGCCUUAUUACAAUGGCGUGGGGACUGUCCAGAAGGGGAGACCCAGGAAAAGAAAAAGCCCGGGGCCUGGAGCAGAUCUGGCAGCCUACAAUGCAGCUUUGAGUUGCAACGAGAACGAUGGUGACCACCUGGACAGAGACCAGCAGUACCCCAGCAACCAGAAGACAAAGCGCAUGAGGACGUCCUUCAAACACCACCAGCUGCGGACAAUGAAGUCAUACUUUGCUAUUAACCACAAUCCUGAUGCCAAGGACUUGAAACAGCUAGCUCAGAAAACCGGCCUCACCAAAAGAGUUCUUCAGGUUUGGUUUCAAAAUGCUCGAGCCAAAUUCAGACGGAACCUCUUACGUCAAGAAAACACAGGGGUGGAUAAGACUUCAGACUCAACACUCCAAGCAGGGACCCCAUCAGGUCCUGCCUCAGAAAUAUCCAAUGCCUCCAUGAGUCCAUCCAGCACUCCCACUACUUUAACAGACUUGACUAAUCCCACUAUGCCAACUGUGACGUCGGUCUUGACAUCAGUGCCCGGAAGUCUUGAGGUUCACGAAUCUCGAAGUCCUUCACAGACAACUCUUACAAAUCUUUUCUGA